GGAUGGAGUUUCAUUGGAGACGAUCAGAGAUGAUCGAUUCUCUUUCAGUGAUGAAGCUUCUACUGGAGUCUUUACUGUGAACAUCACUGAUCUGAGAGAAGAGGAUUCUGGGAUAUACUGGUGUGGAGCUCACGUCACCACUAAAGUCAACCUCACUGUCAAAAUGGAGGAAGUGGGCGUCUCCGUCACAUUCAGCACUUCAUGUUAAACUUGUAACCAGGAAAGAAACACUCAAAACUCAUCUGAACACACAUCGAGAGCUUCAGAAGAACUGAAUCUCCUGACAACAGAGAAGAUCAUUUAAUAAGAGAGAAGAAUGAAGAUCAUCUUGACUUUCACUCUGCUGAUGAUUCCUGGAGUCGUGAGCUCCAUCAGUGUGACAGGAUAUUCAGGAGGAGGAGUCACGAUCAAAUGCAAAUAUAAUAGAGGAUAUACAGCAUAUAUAAAGUAUUUUUGUAAAGGACAGUGGUGCACAGACCGAAUCAGGACUGAUGAGAAAUAUAAAUGGGUUCAAUCUGGAAGAUUCUCUCUGUAUGAUGACACAAGAUCAGAAGUCUUCACUGUGACCAUCAGAGAUCUGAGAGAAGAGGAUUCUGGGACGUACUGGUGUGGAACUGAAAGAGUUGGAAAUGAUUUAUACACUGAAGUGAAUCUGAAGGUUAUAAGAGGUCAACCAAUCAGGAGUGUGAGAGGAUAUUCAGGAGGAAACGUCAUUAUAAACUACAAAUAUGAGAUGAAACACAAGAACCAUGUGAAAUAUUUCUGUAAAACUCGAGGUCAAUGUUUUACUGUAACAAACACUAACAGAGCAGCAGGAUGGAAACAGGACAGACGAUUCUCCGUUCAGGAUGACAGAUCUGCAGGUCUCUUACGUGUGUUUAUCAGAGAUCUGAAUGAGAACGACUCUGGAGAAUAUCAGAUUACAGUCAAAGUUUCUGAAGAAUACAGUUUCUUCUCUGAGUUUAAUCUGAUCAUCAGAGACGAUGAUUGUUGUGUGAAGAGCAUCAGUCUAUCAGCUGCUGCAGGAGGAUCUGUGAACAUCAGCUGCAAAUCCCCACAAUCCCACAUUAGUGAUGUGAAGUUUCUCUGCUGGAGAUCUGGAGCUGAUCUCUGUGCUGAAGAGACGUCUGUGGAGGAGAGCAGAAGAUGGAGUCCUGAGGGAAAGAUCCAGCUGUAUGAUGACAGAGAAGAGCAGCUCCUGACGGGAAGCAUCAGUCAUGUGACUGAACAAGAUUCAGAAUACUGGUGUGGAGUUCAGUCUGAUCAAGGACACAAGAGCUUCAUCACACGAGUCCUGAUCAAUGUUACAGGUACAGAUGUUCUAAAAACAACAACGUCAUCAUUAUCAUUAUCAUCAUCAUCACCACCAUCAUCAUCGUCAUCUGCUUCUGAUUUCAAAACUUCUACAUCUAACAUCACAUCAGUGCCUCCUUACAUGUUAGCAGGCUCUUCUCUGAUCGUUCCUCUGGUUCUGGUUCUGAUCAUCGCUGGACUCUUAUUACUGUUUCUCUUUAAGAAGUGUCAGUCUCGAGGUGGUGAUUCGUCAUCUCAGACUGGACCAGGAAAACAUGAAGUGGUUUCUAACACUGGUUGUGAUUUUGAGGAGAUUAAAGACACUCACAAACAAUUACCCACAAACCCCUCUAAUUCCUCUGCUACAGUUUAUGCCACUGCCCAAUUACCCACAAACCCCUCUGUUUCCUCUAACUGUGUUUACGCUACAGUUGAGAAAGCCACUGGAGACUCUCAGUGCUGCAUCACAUCUGCUGAGGAUCUGAAUUACGCAGUGGUUUAUUUCCACAAGGAAUCAGACUGUCCUGACAGUGUCAGUUUCAGGAAUAAUCAGGAUUACAUUGAAUACGCUGCUGUCAAUCAUCUCACUGCUUGAAGAGCCACAGCAGAGAAUAUAAAUGAGCUGAAUAUUUGAAUGUUUGAACCUUGUCUUUGGCGUUAAGUUUCCAAGUAGCUUCACCUGCUUUUCUGGUCCCACCUGGUUCCCAGACUCUGCUCUCUUCACUGGUUCCCCGGUUUCUUAGCUCCACCACCUUUGAUGGUUCUGUCCAAUUUCCUGGAAAUGCCACCUCCAUCCCUCCAGCUUCACAUGGGUUCCCUCGUCUUUAAGACUCCACCUUGUUCUGUCAUUACCCUGGCUCCAUCAUGGACUUCCUUCUGCUCCACCAGGUUCCUUACUUGCACCAGCUUCAACAUGGUCCUUGGAU